AUGCCUGUAAACGGCGGCUGCAUGGCUGCCCGCUCGUCGGCUUCGGAGAAGCCUGCCCAGCUGGAGCCACUGCUGCUGCCAGGGGAGGUGCUGGUGGCGUCGGCCGACGACGUGCUGCUGUACCUGCCGCUGUCGGAGCGGCCCGACGGCGUGCUCGGACGGCUGGUCGUCACCAACUUCAAACUGACAUUCCUGGAGGCGCGCAACCAGCAGGGCAGACUCGCGUCAAUGGAACAGCGCAACCUGCUUCUGGGACCACGAGAUAUCUGUUUGAUGAAUGUUGAUACUAUUCAUCAACUCCUGUCGUCCAGCGGAAAGACCAAACGGCUCUAUCCACGGUCCACUGUGCAAGGCAAGAUCAAGGGGAUCCAGAUACGAUGCAAGGAUUUUCGCCUGUUCACGUUCAGUCUGAAUCUGACAAGUGUGAACGAAGCCGUAGCGGUGACAAGCGCGUUGCUGAACCUCUGCUACCCGCAGUCCGUCCACCUCCUGUUCGCCUUCAGCUACCGGGGCGGGCCGGCCACCGGCGAGCUGUGCGACCUCGGCACGCCGGCCUACUGGCAGGCCGAGCUGCGGCGCACAGGCGCGCUCGGCUGGCGCGUCUCGCAGGCCAACGAGCUGUACCAGAUGUGCCGCAGCCUGCCCGAGGUGUUGGUGGUGCCCAAGGGUCUGCUCGACGCUGACCUGGUGGCGGCCAGCGGCCACUUCGUGGAGCGGCGGCCGCCCAUCUGGUGCUGGGGCAAUGCUGAGGGCGCUGCCAUCGUCCGGUCAGCCUACACGCACCCGGACAUGCGUAACAGCCCCCAGGAGCGGCGCCUGCUGGACGCCAUGCGCGCCUCGCAGCCCUUCAUGCGGGAGCCGGUGGUACAGGACGUGGGAGCUGCCUGCCCCACGGCGGGGGAGCUGCAGGAGAGCUACCAGCGGCUGCGGCAGCUCUGCUCGCCAGACAGUCUGCAGGCGCUGGCCGAGUCCGACGGCCGCUUCCUGAGCCAGCUGUCGGCCUCCCGCUGGCUGUGGGCCGUCUCCCGCUGUCUGGGCACCGCCCUCGACUGCGUGGACGUGCUCACCACGCAGCGCACCGUCUGCGUUCUCACCGGUGAGCGGCGUCCGGGACUGGCUGGCGGGCCGGCGGGCCGCGCCACGGAGACGCCAGCUCCGCCCUCCGUGUCGCACGGCGGGGCGUGA